AUGGUAUCCGAAGCAUUUUCUAACAGGCCUCUGAAGAAAUUGUGCUUGUUCGAUGUCGAUGGUACAUUGACUCCUGCACGUCAGUCUGCAUCGCCAGAGAUGAUUGAAACAUUAGCGGCUGUGCGCAAGAAGUUGGCGAUUGGUUUUGUUGGCGGGUCUGAUCUUGUGAAGAUCACUGAACAGCUCCAAGUUGGGUCGGAAAAUAUUCUCGACGAGUUUGAUUAUGCGUUUGCGGAGAACGGGUUGACGGCCUAUAAGCUUGGAAAACAGCUUCCAUCCCAGUCAUUCAUCAAUUUCUUAGGCGAGGAACGCUACAAGAAACUGGUCAAUUUCCUUCUUCAUUAUAUCGCCGACCUUGAUAUUCCAAUUAAAAGAGGCACAUUUCUGGAGUUCCGUCGAGGAAUGUUGAACGUUAGUCCCAUUGGUCGCAAUGCAUCUAUACAAGAACGAAAUGACUUCGAGUUAUUGGACCUCAAAAAUGGCUACAGGGCAACUCUUGUCCAAACUUUGAAAGAAAAGUUCCCCGAUUAUGGACUAACUUAUUCCAUUGGCGGCCAAAUCUCCUUUGAUGUCUUCCCAAAUGGAUGGGAUAAGACCUUUGCUCUUGGUCUCGUAGCAGAUGAACAAUUUGAGGAGAUUCAUUUCUUUGGUGACAAGACUUACAAGGGAGGAAAUGACUACGAGAUCUAUACAGAUCCCCGAACAAUUGGGCACGCAGUCAAAAGUCCUGCAGACACCAUUCGAAUUCUCAAGGAAUUGUUCCUUCAAGAUUGA